UAUAAGGAGAAGCUCUCUUCAGCGCUCUCUCUCUCUCUCUCUCUCUCUCUCUCUGUCUGUGUCUGAGAAAUUCGGUUUAUAGGCAUGUCUUCCAUCACAAGAAAACGCUCAAAACCAAAGCAGAAAAGCUCACCUCCUUCAAUCCCAUUCCUACUAAAAGAGCCUCCUCCCUCUCUCUUCCCUUCCAAAGAAGAUCUUCUCAAGCUCUUCACUGUUGUUGCCAUCGCUUCCUCCGUCGUCAUCGCCUGCAAUUACGUUUUCACCAUCUUCAAUCGCCAUCCCAAGCCAUUCUGCGACAGCGACAACAUGACCGGAUUCUUCCACGAUCAUUCGAUUUCUGAUUUUUGUGAGCCUUGUCCAAACAAUGGAGAGUGUUCUAAAGGUAAGUUGGAGUGUCUUCCUGGGUAUAAGAAGCAUCGGAGGUUAUGCGUAGAAGAUGGAGAAAUCAAUCAAACAGCUAAGAAACUUUCAGAAUGGGUAGAAUAUCAUGUCUGUGAAGCAUAUGCUCGAUAUUUGUGCGAUGGCUCCGGGACAAUUUGGUUUCAGAAGGCGGAUAUAUUGAAGGAACUCGAUGAAUACAAGUCGAAGAACCUUGGCUGGAAAAAUGACACUUUUUUUUACUCAAAACAAAAGGCAAUGGAAACCAUGGAAAGCUACUUGGAAACAAGGACAGUUUCUGAUGGGAUCAAAGAACUCAAGUGUCCAGAUUGGUUGGCAGAACAUUAUAAACCACUUCUCUGCUGUAUCCGUCAAUGGAUCUACAGGCAUGCUGUACUUGUACUGCCAAUUUGUGCCUUGUUUCUAUUGUUCAUGACGUUUCUCCGGAGGGUUCGUCGCAGUCAUUAUCUAUCAACUAGAGCUGAACAGCUUUAUGAACAGGUUUGUGACAUACUUGAAGAAAAUGCCAUGACGGCAAAGACAAUAAAAGGUGAAAGUGAACCGUGGGUUGUUGCAUCUUACUUACGCGAUCAUCUACUUUUGCCGAGGGAAAGGAAGGACACUAUGUUGUGGAGAAAGGUUGAAGAGUUGGUGCAAGAAGAUUCCCGGUUAGAUCAAUACCCAAAGUUGGUCAAAGGUGAAUCAAGAACCGUGUGGGAAUGGCAAGUUGAAGGAUCUCUGAGCUUGAAGAGGGGAAAGAAGGUAGCUGCAAGCAAGAUGCAAUCUGUGGAGCAUGUGCACACGCCUUCUACAGCACAACAAAUGAAAACAGGCAAGCUUCUAAAUUCUUGAAUGGUAGUGUCUUUUAUUUGACAUUAAUAUGUAUUUCAAUCGAAGGCUUUUGUUUUUUUUUUGGUUUGCCUUUUUCUUCUUCUUCUUUUUUGAAAAGGGUUGAUGUACUCUUUAUGUAUUUUUAGUUUACAUUGCUGUGAUGAAAGCAUAGAUGAUCGAUUAUCAGCCUCA